GAUACACGUACAACAGUAAUGAUCAAGAAUAUACCAAAUCGACUUACGACUGAGCAACUUGAGAAGUAUAUAUCAGAUAUAGUCCCACGAUCAUUUGAUUUUCUCUACUUGCGUAUGGACUUCAAGUCACGUUCAAAUGUUGGAUACGCGUUUGUGAAUUUCUUGACAGUUGAUGCUCUAUAUGAAUUCGCUUCACUCCGUAUCAACUAUAAGUGGUUAGUGGAUGUCUACCACAGCGAAAAGAGGAUGGGUAUGACAUACGCGAAUGUUCAAGGCAAGGAAGCCUUAACUGCAAAAUUUAGAAACAGCGCGGUUAUGGAAGAAGAGCCAGGUUUCAGACCAAUCGUGUAUUAUUCUUCUGGUGCUAAUGUAGGACUUCGUGAAGAAUUUCCAAGUGAGUUAGAAACAUCAAUAUAA